UGGCCCCUUCUCGGGAGCCCCAGGACGGGUUCCGGGGCCAGGACGCUGUCGAACUGCAAAGCCCACCUUCACGCGGGCUCUACCUUACUCCGCCCCUUGUCAAUCAAAGUCCGGAAAUUAUGUGAAUCAGAGACCCGGGUGCUAAGCAACGACAAAGGGAGGGAGAUUCGAACGGCAGAGCUUACGUAAACAGACCAAUCAGCGUUCAGUCGGUCUUCUCAAGGACUGCCCUCCUCCCUUUCACUUUACUGGGUCUUCAGACAGAAGGAGGGGCACUACGGCCAAUAGCAACUGAGAGGGCGGUGCGUGUGCGUCCUUAAGCCAGGACGCCCCCCGCCCCCGCCUCCGCGCCGGCACUCCCCACAGUGCCCCUCUCCAGUUUUGAUUGUGGCGGUUUGUACCGGGCGCAAGAUCGAGCCCGUAGCGAACCAGAGCCGCGGAGCCAUGGCUUCCGGAGCGACGCCGCAGACACCCGCGCCCCGGGCCGCUGCAUUCAGUUUCCCUGACCCGGCUGCAGUGCCAGGCCCCGGGGUGGUAGAGGAGGACGACCUCGAGGAGGAGCCUGCGGAGAUCCAUCUAUGUGUGCUGUGGAACUCAGGAUUCCUGGGCAUGGCCUAUUACGACACCAGUGAUUCCACCAUCCACUUUAUGCCGGAUGCCCCAGACCUGGAGAGCCUCAAGCAUCUCCAGAGAGUUCUGGAUGAACUCAAUCCCCAUUCCAUUGUUACCAGUGCCAAACAGGAUGAGACUAUGACUCAGUUUCUGGGGAAGCUUGCCUCCCAGGAACACAGAGAGACUAAGAGACCGGAAAUUGUGUUUUUGCCAAGUGUGGAUUUUGGUCUGGAGAUUAGCAAACAGCGUCUCAUUUCGGGAAGCUACUCCUUCAUUCCAGACUCCAUGACUGCUACUGAGAAAAUCCUCUACCUGUCUUCCAUCAUCCCCUUUGACUGCCUUCUCACGGUUCGAGCACUUGGAGGACUUCUCAAGUACCUGAGUCGAAAACGAAUUGGUGUUGAACUGGAAGAUUCUAAAGUCAGCGUUCCCAUCCUGGCUUUUAAGAAAUUUGUAUUGACCCAUCUGGUGAGCAUAGAUCAAGACACAUACAGUGUUCUGCAGAUAUUUAAAAGUGAGUCUCAUCCAUCAGUAUACAAAGUGGCCAGUGGACUAAAGGAGGGGCUCAGUCUCUUUGGAAUUCUCAACAGAUGUCGCAGUAAGUGGGGAGAGAAGCUGCUCAGGCUUUGGUUCACACGUCCAACUCAGGAUCUGGGGGAACUAAAUUCCCGUCUGGAUGUCAUUCAGUUUUUCCUGCUACCACAGAAUCUGGAAAUGGCUCAGAUGCUGCAUCGGUUGCUGGGUCACAUCAAAAAUGUGCCUCUAAUUCUGAAACGAAUGAAGUUGUCUCACACCAAGGUCAGUGACUGGCAGGUGCUCUAUAAGACUGUGUAUAGCGCUCUGGGCCUGAGAGAUGCUUGCCGCUCCUUGCCUCAGUCCAUCCAGCUCUUUCAGGAUAUUGCCCAAGAGUUCUCUGAUGACUUGCACCACAUCGCCAGCCUCAUUGGGAAAGUGGUAGACUUUGACAGCUGUCUUGCUGAAAAUCGCUUUACAGUCCUCCCCAACAUUGAUCCUGAAAUCGAUGAGAAAAAACGAAAGCUGAUGGGACUUCCCAGUUUCCUCACCGAGGUUGCUUGGAAGGAACUGGAGAAUCUGGACUCUCGUAUUCCUUCAUGCAGUGUCAUCUACAUCCCUUUGAUUGGCUUCCUUCUCUCUAUCCCCCGCCUGCCUUUCAUGAUGGAGGCCGAUGACUUUGAGAUUGAGGGACUGGACUUCAUGUUUCUCUCAGAGGAAAAGCUGCACUAUCGUAGCACUCGAACCAAAGAGCUGGAUGUACUGCUAGGGGACCUCCACUGUGACAUCCGGGACCAGGAGACCCUGCUGAUGUACCAGCUACAGUGUCAGGUGCUGGCUCGGGCAGCUGUGUUGACCCGAGUGUUGGACCUUGCCUCCCGCCUGGAUGUCCUAUUGGCUCUUGCCAGUGCUGCCCGGGACUAUGGCUACUCAAGGCCCCGUUUCUCCUCCCAACUUCUCGGGGUACGCAUCCAGAAUGGCAGACAUCCUCUGAUGGAACUCUGUACUGGAACCUUUGUGCCCAACUCCACAGAAUGCAGUGGGGAUAAAAGCAGGGUCAAAGUCAUCACUGGGCCCAACUCUUCAGGGAAGAGCAUAUACCUCAAGCAGGUAGGCCUGAUCACAUUCAUGGCCCUGGUGGGUAGCUUUGUGCCUGCAGAGGAAGCUGAAAUUGGGGCAGUAGAUGCUAUCUUCACCCGAAUUCAUAGCUGUGAAUCCAUCUCUCGUGGCCUUUCCACCUUCAUGAUCGACCUCAACCAGGUGGCAAAAGCAGUGAACAAUGCUACUGAACAGUCUUUGGUGCUUAUUGAUGAAUUUGGAAAAGGAACCAACACGGUGGAUGGGCUUGCACUUCUGGCUGCCGUGCUCAGAUACUGGCUGGCACUUGGACCCACAUGUCCACAUGUCUUUGUGACGACCAACUUUCUGAGCCUUGUUCAGCUACAACUGCUACCACAGGCGCCUCUUGUACAUUAUUUGACUAUGGAGACCUGUGAGGAUGGGACCGACCUUGUCUUCUUCUAUCAGGUUUGCGAAGGUGUUGCCAGUGCCAGCCAUGCUUCCCACACAGCUGCCCAGGCCGGGCUUCCUGACAAACUCAUUGCUCGUGGCAAGGAGGUCUCAGAUUUGAUCCGCAGUGGAAAAUCCAUCAAACCUGUCAAGGACUUGAUAAAGGAGAAGCAACUGGAAAAUUGCCAGACACUAGUAGAUAAAUUUCUGAGACUGGAUUUAGAAGACCCCAACCUGGACCUGGACAUUUUCAUGAGUCAGGAAGUACUACCUGCUGCUACCACCAUCCUUUGAGAAUUCUUCCUUAACCUCCUUUAUGUCUUCCCCAGACUCCAG